AUGUCGUCCCCAUGUCGCACUCCUUUAACUAUAGGCCAUCGCGACAGUUUUGUUUUUCCGGUCUUGUCUGGUAGGUCCAUUUUGCAUCCAUUCAGCCCUUCAGCCCUACGCCAUUUUUGUUCACUGAGACCGAGUCCAAUUCCCGUUCGUUAUAAACCCCUACACCGCAGCUGUAAUUAUAUAGUACAAAUCCCACAAUACCGACCAACAAUAUCCGUAUUUAUAUACUACCAGCCUACCAAUUAG